CUUCAACUUCCAUCGUCAAUUCAUUCCAAUAAUCUACACACCAACACAAUAACAUCUACUUGAGUAUAACUAAACAAGGAAAAAAAAAAUGACAGUCCAAUCAACACCCCAUCUGGACGCCCUCCAACGCGACGGCUUCGUCGUCGUCCGUUCCCUCCUCUCCCCCGAAGAAGUCGCCCAGUUCCGCGCCGUAUCCACAAAAGCCAUCACCCUGACCCGAGCAGGCCACUGGCCACACUUCCGCACCGUACCAAAGCAAUUCCCCCCCUGGCCGACAACGCCGCCUCCCGCCUCGGAGGGCGGCAUCUGGGGUGUGCAGCACCUCCUGCACCCCGAGAUGCCGGGCCGGGCCGAAUUCGCGCGCUUCUAUUUCUCCGAGAAGGUGCUCGCAGUCGCGGAGGAGCUCCUCGGCGUGAAGCGCACCGAGGGCGGCGAGGAGCCCCUGGUCAUGGAGCUAUUCAAUUUACUGGUUGCGCCGGAGACGAAGGAUUUCAAGCUGCGCUGGCAUCGCGAUGAUAUUCCCGAGACGGCGGGGCCGGAGGAGGAGCUCAACUUGUUGGAGUCGAAGAGUCCUCAAGGGAAGCAGAGUCAUGCGCAGUAUAAUUUGGCGCUUUGCCCUGAUGCGUCGCUUAUUGUUGUUCCCGGGUCGCAUCGCCGGGUGAGGACUGAGGCGGAGAGAAAGGCCGAUCCUUAUGAGCCGGAUAUGCCGAAUCAGUUGGUUGUGGAGUUGCAGCCUGGUGAUGCGGUUUUCUAUGAUAGUAAUAUUCUGCAUCGUGGAGUGUAUCGCGGUAAGCCUGAGGGCGGGGAGGAGACGAGACUUACGCUGCAUGGUAGUAUUGGGUUGAAGGGCGUGUCUGGGAAUGAGGCGGAUAAGAAGGUGCGGGCUACAGCAGUUUUGCAGCAUGGUGUUGGAGCUUGGGUCCAUCGCGAUGAUGCUGCGUUUGGGGUUGGGGAGCGGGCGGAGAAGAUGAGGGCUAACUUGGUGGCUAUGGGUACUGGUGAGGGUGUGGGUUACUCUCUUCAGGGAUAGUGGUAUAUCUUUUAGUAGUGUAUAAGAUGCAGAUUUUUUUCUUUAUUAGCUCAUCUGCUAUGUUCACGUUCCUAUGUACUCCAAUCGUUCUGGCUAACACUGAGGGUAUUCAACAAAAAUUAUAGACAAAGAUACUCCUUAUACAUGCGUGUCACUUAUUUUCGUUAUAUAUCCAUAUUCAUACUUUGUUCAUUAGUUUCAUCUUC